AUCAUUCCUAUCAACUUACAUACUACUUCAUAUGGCGCCAACAUGUCAACAGCCGUAGCAGGACCUUCAUCUUCUAUCCUAUGGCCAAACGCAAAAGGUACAAAGCUACAUAUAAUCCGUGAUCCAACUAUACGUGUGAGACAAGCCGUCCGAGAUAACAACGUCACUCUCUUAGCUCGUCUUCAACGCAAAUGUGACCUUCGUAAUACAGACAGGAAUCGUCUGACUUCUCUAAGCUGGGCCGCUAUAGAAGGUAGUUUGGAAGCUUUCGAAUGGUUAUUGUUAGAUUAUGGACAUGAUGAUCAAGAACUCAGUAGAGACGCAGAUAACAAUACUAUACUUCAUUUGCUCGCUUCUGUCCCUUCUCCACCUACAUUAUCCCCUCAUACACACUUAUUACGUUCAAACCCGACUCUUCCACCUCCACCAAAACAACGUACUUUCCCAGAAUUACAACAAAUAUCACUCCGUGGUAAAACGGCUCUUCACGUCGCUGCACAAGCUGGAAAUACACCAUUCAUCAAUCUUCUUUGUGAUUUAGGAGCAGAUGUAGAUCUUACGGAUUUACAAGGAAAUACACCAUUACAUUACGCCAGUGCUUGGGGUCAUUUAGAAAGUUUGAGAUGUUUAAUGAUGAGAGGAUGUCAAUUUGCUAGUAGGAAUUUUGAAGGUUUUACAGCAAGUGAUUUCUCUUAUGAUCAAAAUAUCAUGAUAAAUUUACAAAAUAAAGCAAAGGAAUUAUUCGAGGAAAGAAGAUUUAGACGUCGAGAUGGUUUUACGGAACAAAAUAUUUCAGAUCCUAAUAUGUUUAGAUCAGGAAGUGAUAGUACAGGUACAAAUUCUUUCACAUCAGGUUCUAUUAUUUCUUCGAAUCAAUCAACUCCACAAUAUAUUAUAAGACAAAAAACACCUAGUACUUCUACUUCUACUUCAAAUUCCAAUCCAAACACGAAUACAAAAUUCAAUUUCGUAUCAGGUACCUCUCCAAAACCUUCGCCUCAAUUGAGGUCUAUCCCACUCAGUGCGAAUCCAAGUCAACAAAGUAAUCAAUCGAUUCCUUCGAAUAUCUCAAUAACUUCUUCAAAUUCCACAUCGAGUAAAAGACUACCUAUAUCGUUACCGGUUUCAAGACAAAUUUCGCAAAAUUCAACAUCGACAUCACUAUCAAAACCUCCUCCUCGUUCGGAAAGUCUGACGAAUAUCAAUCAAUCCAGUAAACAAUUGAGAAGUCCACCAACACCUUUUUUAACGAGACGAAUGACAAAUACGGAAGAUGCUCCACCGGUCCCUCCUCUACCUGGUACCUUUAGCGGAACGACUCCGGCUGAACCCACUGCACCAGGACCACCACAGUUGUUUCCCGUGACAUCUACGCCAAUGCGACGAGGAGGUUCUUCGCAGUCAAGCAUGACUAACAAGGAGGGAGCUAGAUUGCAGGCUAGGGUGUCAGAAGGGAAUCAUGCGAUUUGA